CUCGCCUCCCUAAACUCCCGCCAGGACUGGUUGUUUCAUUUCUGGUCUUGGCGUCUGAUUGGUUGUCUGAGCUCGUCCGGCGAUUGGAUGUCGGGAGUUAAGGGGUGGGAGGCGGGAAUUCGUCCGGGAGAGCGUGGUUGAGGGGACUGAUGAGGGUUGGAGGGGAAAGCUAGAGCCGCCCGGAGCCCGCGACCAGGCAUAGAUGGUAGCAGCCCCCUGAGGGAGAGAAAGAGGCUUGUGACCUUUCUUCUUUGUCAGCGCUCCACUGUAUUUUUUUUUUUUUUCGGAUAUAGUUUUCCUUUUCUUCUGUGAAGGAAAAGGUUUCCUUUUCUUCUGCCUAGCCCUGUAGGCGUUUCUUCGGUUUUCCCCUGGACAGUUAGGAAUCUGAAGUAAAGAAUAAAGCAUGAUGGCUUCAAUGUGGUCUGAAUAUACAAUUGGUGGGGUGAAAAUUACCUUUCCUUAUAAAGCUUACCCAUCACAGCUUGCUAUGAUGAAUUCUAUUGUCAGAGGAUUAAAUAGUAAGCAACAUUGUUUACUGGAGAGCCCUACAGGAAGUGGGAAAAGUGUAGCCCUACUUUGUUCUGCUUUAGCAUGGCAACAAUCUUUUAAUGGAAAGCCGGUGGACAAAAGCUUAAGUAAAAAAGCUGAGGAACCAUUGUCAUGUUGUUGUGCAUGCCAUUCAAAGAAUUUUACAAACAUUGACUUGAAACAAGGAACUUCACAUCAUUUCAAUUGUCCAAGUACACCACCUUCUGAAAGAUAUGGCACUUCAUCAACUUGUCAAGAAGACUCUCCUGAAAAAACUACGUUGGCUGCAAAGCUAUCUGCCAAGAAACAGGCUUCCGUAAAAAGAGAUGAAAAUGAUGAUUUUCAAGUAGAGAAGAAAAGAAUUCGACCCUUAGAAACUACACAGCAGAUAAGAAAGCGUCAUUGUUUUGAAAAGGAAGUGCGUCAUUUGGAUGCAAAAGUUGCUUCAGGAAAGACCACAAAACUCAACUCUCCAUUAGGAAAGAUAAACUCCUUUUCUCCACAAAAUCCCCCUGGUCACUGUUCCAGGUGUUGUUGUUCUACUAAACAAGGAAACAGUCAAGGUUACUCAAAUACCACUAAGAAGGAUCAUGGGGGGAAAUCCAAGAUACCCAAAAUAUAUUUUGGGACGCGCACACACAAGCAGAUUGCUCAGAUUACUAGAGAACUCCGGAGAACAGCAUACUCAGGGGUCCCAAUGACUAUUCUUUCCAGCAGGGAUCAUACUUGUGUCCAUCCAGAAGUAGUGGGCAACUUCAACAGAAAUGAAAAGUGCAUGGAGUUGCUGGAUGGAAAAAAUGGCAAAUCCUGCUAUUUUUAUCAUGGCGUACAUAAAAUUAGUGAUCAACACACAUUACAGACUCUGGAAGGGAUGUGCAAAGCCUGGGAUAUAGAAGAACUUGUCAGCUUGGGAAAAAAACUAAAGGCAUGUCCGUAUUACACAGCACGGGAACUAAUAGAAGAUGCUCACAUAGUAUUUUGUCCCUACAACUAUCUUCUAGAUGCACAAAUAAGGGAAAGUAUGGAUAUCAAUCUGAAAGAACAGAUUGUCAUUUUAGAUGAAGCUCAUAACAUUGAGGACUGUGCUCGGGAGUCAGCAAGUUACAGUGUAACAGAAGUUCAACUUUGGUUUGCUCGAGAUGAAUUAGAUACUAUGGUCAACAAUAAUAUAAGGAAGAAAGACCAUGAACCCCUACGAGCUGUGUGCUAUAGCCUAAUUAAUUGGUUAGAAGCAAACUCUGAACAUCUUGUGGAAAGGGAUUAUGAAUCAUCCUGUAAAAUAUGGAGUGGAAGGGAAAUGCUCUUAAAUUUACACAAAAUGGGUAUCACCACUGCUACUUUUCCCAUUUUGCAGGGACAUUUUUCUUCUGUCCUUCAAAAAGAAGAAAAAGUCUUACCAAUUCAUGGUAGAGAGGAGACAAGAGAAGUACCGGUUAUUAGUGCUUCAACUCAAAUAAUACUCAAAGGACUUUUUAUGGUGUUUGACUAUCUUUUUAGGCAAAACAGCAAAUUUGCAGAUGAUUAUAAAGUUGCUAUUCAACAGACUUAUUCUUGGAUAAAUCAGACUGAUUCUUCAGAUAAAAAUGAAUUCUUUGCUCAAGCAAAAAGUAGGAAACGUGUAAGACAGAAAACUGCAGUUCGCGUGCUAAAUUUUUGGUGCUUAAAUCCCGCUGUGGCCUUUUCAGAUAUUAAUGGCAAAGUUUGGACCAUUGUUGUGACAUCUGGGACAUUAUCACCAAUGAAAUCCUUUUCAUCAGAACUUGGUGUUACUUUUAGUAUCCAACUGGAGGCUAAUCAUGUCAUUAAUAACUCACAGGUUUGGGUUGGCACCAUUGGGUCAGGUCCCAAGGGUCGGAAUCUCUGUGCUACCUUCCAGCACACAGAAACUUUCGAGUUUCAGGAUGAAGUGGGCGCACUUGUGUUAUCUGUGUGUCAGACUGUGAGCCAAGGAAUUUUGUGUUUCUUGCCAUCUUACAAGUUAUUAGAAAAGUUAAAAGAACGUUGGCUCUCUACUGGUUUAUGGCAUAAUCUAGAGUUGGUGAAAACAGUCAUCGUAGAACCACCGGCAGGAGAAAAAAUUGAUUUUGAUGAAUUACUACAGAUGUACUAUGAUGCAAUCAAAUACAAAGGAGAGAAAGAUGGAGCCCUCUUGGUAGCAGUUUGUCGUGGUAAAGUGAGUGAGGGUCUGGAUUUCUCAGAUGACAAUGCCCGUGCUGUCAUAACAAUAGGGAUUCCUUUUCCGAAUGUGAAAGAUCUACAGGUUGUACUAAAGCGACAGUACAAUGAUCAGCACUCCAAACUGAGAGGUCUUUUACCUGGUCGUCAAUGGUAUGAAAUUCAAGCAUAUAGGGCCUUAAACCAGGCCCUAGGCAGGUGUAUUCGACACAAAAAUGAUUGGGGAGCUCUUAUUCUUGUGGAUGAUCGCUUUAGUAGUAACCCUGCACAGUAUAUAUCUGGACUUUCUAAAUGGAUACGGCAGCAGGUUCAGUACCAUUCAACCUUUGAAAGUGCAAUGGAGUCCUUGGCUGAAUUUUCCAAAAAGCACCGGAAAGUCAUUGAUGUAUCCAAAGAGGACAGAAAGUUUAUACAGGACAGUGGGUCUACACUUGAAGUGGCCGGUUUGAAGGACAAUACCUUAACUUACUUAUCAGAAGCAGCAAGCCAUCUACCACCAGAAAAUCCUAGGGAAGGUGAAGCAAAAAUGUGUGUCCCAGAACUACACUGUCCUAAAAUAACCACAAGUCUAUCUCUACCAGGAGACAUCAUCUCCCGAAAGGACCAAGAUGAUCCUAUAUUAUUGGAAGAGUCUGCCCAGACAAUGAAAGCAGAAAGAAUUGUGAUUUCCAGAUCGACAAGCCCAACCUUCAACAAACAGACAAAGAGAGUUAAUUGGUCUAGCUUUAAUUCUUUGGGACGUUAUAUUACUGAUGAAAUUCUGACUGCAACACCUAAAUCCAGGUCACCAGAGGACUGUGCCUCUAGCGCUUCCCCUUUUGAAACAGAAAAAGGAUGCAAAACAGUCUUACCACUCACUGAUAAAUGUGAGUCCUCAUCUCUGACGGUAGACACGUCAUCAGUUGAACCAUGCCCUCAAUCAGAAAUCGUUAUUUCACCAAUAAAGAUUGAUGCUACUCUUCUUAAAGAAAAUUAUUCCAAACAGCUGUUCUAUGAAGAAACCCUGGGUCUGGACAUUGAAUUGUCUCUAGUUGGUAAGGAAGCUAAACUUUCUACUUCAAACAGAGCUUCUGACACAGAAGCAGAGGAUGAAUCUAUCUAUUUUACACCUGAACUUUAUGAUCCUGAAGAUACAAAUGAAGAAAAGAAUGAACAAGUUGAAAGUGAUAGAGAUAAUAGAUUGGCUAAUAAUUCAAAAUGCAUUUUAGCUGAAGACCUUUUUGAAAUUAGAACUGAGAAAGGAGUCCAAGAAAUAAAAGCUGAGGAUUGCACAAAGUUGAAUAGACUCAUGAAUAAAAGUAAAAUUGAUGACAAUGGUAGUAAUAUAAAAACAACUCAUAUAAAUGAAUUAGACCUGGGAAAAACUCGUGAAACAGAUACAAAAGAAUAUUAAACAGUCUCCUUCCAACAAAUAAAGGUGUAUUCCCUGGUGUUAGGUAAUAAUACUUAACUGUCACACACUAAAAAUGUGUUGUCAUGCUUGUAUUAAACUCUCUUAUAAAUGACAAUUUCUACACUG